GUAAAAUUAGCAAGCAAACACGAUAGCUGGCAAAUUAUAUUCUCUGGAGCUUUGCUGUCAAGAGCUAAAACGUGAAGGAAGCAUUUUUGUAUAUGGCCAAAAUCAAGAGUGGUUGUAGCAGCCAGUGCAAAGAAUGGGGGAGAAUUAUCGGCUCAGGAUGUCGUCUGAGGAGGAAGACCAGCCAGAGACCCCAACUGGCUCCCCCUGGUCUUGGAUUCCAUUGAUGAAAGAUCCUGGUUGGAUUCGAAGUGUCUGGACUCGCAAUCUAAAUGUGCAAACCAUGAAUUACGUGGGACAGCUAGCAGGGCAGGUGUUUGUGACUGUGAAGGAGCUCUACAAGGGACUAAACCCAGCCACCCUCUCAGGAUGCAUCGACAUCAUCGUGGUGCGGCAGCCAGAUGGGAACCUGCAGUGCUCCCCCUUCCACGUGCGCUUUGGGAAGAUGGGGGUUCUGCGCUCCAGGGAGAAAGUGGUUGACAUAGAAAUUAAUGGAGAGGCUGUAGACUUGCACAUGAAACUGGGAGACAAUGGAGAGGCCUUUUUUGUGCAGGAGAUGGAUAACGAUCAGGAGGUAAUUCCAUAUCAUCUUGCCACAUCUCCCAUUCGGUCCGAGGGAGCGGCUUUGAUGGAAGCGCAGCUGAAGAGGAACUCUAUAGACAGGAUAAGAAGUCUGGACACCAGUGCAUCCUCACAACUAUCACCCCAAGGCCAUGGAUCCCAGCCUUCUACUGAGACAUCUCCAGCCUGUAGCUCUGUGAAAAAAAGGAGGAAGAAGAGGAGGAAGUCUACCCAUAAAGUAGACAGCUUAAAAAGAGAAGAGAAUGGAGACACAUCAGAAGAUGAAGACAUGUUUCCUAUAGAGAUGAGCUCAGAUGAAGAAAAAGAACCACUGGACAGUUCCAGGGUCCCUGUUCCAGAUGUGCUUGUUGAUGAUGUAUCUGACAGAAAGGCUCCAGCAGUUUCUACAUUUUCUCAGUCUGCAUCUUACCCUAAUUCAGAUGGAGAAUGGUCACCUCUUCAAAGUAAGCCUAUAGAUUGCACAGGGCAAUCCUCUCUUCUCACUGUUCCAGCAGAUGGAGGCCUGUCUAACUCUUGUCCUCAACAGUCUUCUCACUUUUCUCCUACAGACAGCCUCUCAGGUUCCCGCCCUCCUACUCCUCAGAGUGACUCAGAAUUAGUCAGUAAACCUAUGGACAGGAGUGGACUGAAGAAUAAUCCUCACAUGCACUGGGCAUGGGGAGAGCUACCCCAGGCUGCAAAGGCCACUUCUCUGCUCAAAGCAAAGGAACCCAGCCUGGUGGAUGUAAAUCCCUCUGAAAGCACUCACUUUCGGGUCAUACAGAGUUCUCCUAGUGAGGAGUUUAACACUGUGUCCCCUCUACCUGCCCUUGGACAAGCAGGUGCAACAACUGCUGAGGAAAGUGAACCCUCACCAGCUGAGACAAAUAAGUCAGAGACUGAGUCUCCAGGAGCAGCUGUACCACCCUUGUCUGCCAAUGAAGAACUAAAACAAGCUGCAGCUUGCUCAGCCCAACCAGCUGGCAAGACAGAUUCCCCUUCCAGAAAGAAAGACAAACGAAGCCGGCAUCUUGGUGCUGAUGGUGUCUAUUUAGAUGACCUCACUGACAUGGAUCCAGAAGUUGCUGCACUUUAUUUCCCCAAGAACGGGGAGAGUGUCCAGAGCAAGAACCCUCCUGAGGCAGGGCCCUGGUCUGCCCACCCGUCCCCACAGUCCGUGGGGAGCUCGGGUGUGGACAGUGGAGCUGAGAGCACCUCAGAUGGAGCACGGGACUUGCCCUCCAUUGCCAUCUCUCUCUGUGGAGGCCUCACAGACAGCAAGGAGAUCACCCAAGAAGAAUUCUUAGAACAUGCAGUAACAUAUCAGCAAUUCGUGGACAAUCCUGCUAUCAUUGAUGACCCUAACCUCGUCGUUAAGAUUGGAAAUAAGUACUACAACUGGACAACAGCUGGUCCCCUUCUGCUGGCAAUGCAGGCAUUCCAGAGACCUUUGCCAAAGGCUACUGUGGAAUCUAUCAUGAGGGACAAGAUGCCCAAAAAAGGUGGAAGGUGGUGGUUUUCCUGGCGAGGGAGGAACAGCACUAUCAAAGAGGAAGCAAAGGCAGAGCAAGGAAUGAGUGGGACUGGACUGACAGCAGACUCUUCACAGCUGAGCAUGGCAAACAGAAUAAAAGAUGAAUCUUCUUCAAGUGAUGAAGACCCUAGAGCUGCUAAACAGAACCUGGGGUCAUUACAAACCAACUCAAGUCACCUUUCAUUACUGCCUGGAAUCAGCUACAAAAAAACACUGCGACUCACUUCUGACCAGCUCAAAAGCUUAAAGCUGAAGAAUGGCCCCAAUGAUGUGACCUUCAGUGUCACUACACAGUACCAAGGCACCUGCCGCUGUGAAGGCACCAUCUACCUGUGGAACUGGGAUGAGAAAGUGAUUAUUUCUGACAUCGAUGGAACAAUCACACGGUCAGAUACUUUAGGUCAUAUUUUGCCAACUCUUGGCAAAGACUGGACACACCAAGGGAUUGCAAAGUUGUACCAUAAAGUGAGCCAAAACGGCUACAAGUUUUUGUACUGCUCAGCACGAGCCAUUGGGAUGGCAGACAUGACCAGGGGCUACUUGCACUGGGUGAACGAGCGGGGCACGGUGCUGCCGCAGGGGCCGGUGCUGCUGAGCCCCAGCAGCUUGUUCUCAGCUUUCCACAGGGAGGUGAUAGAAAAGAAGCCAGAAAAAUUUAAAGUUCAGUGUUUGACAGACAUCAAAAAUUUGUUCUAUCCUAACACAGAACCCUUUUAUGCUGCUUUUGGAAACAGACCUGCUGAUGUUUAUUCAUACAAACAGGUGGGAGUUUCUUUAAACAGGAUAUUUACAGUUAACCCCAAAGGAGAACUUAUCCAAGAACAUGCAAAGACAAACAUCUCAUCCUAUGUCAGACUGUGUGAAGUAGUAGAUCACAUUUUUCCUUUGCUGAAAAGAAGCCAUUCUUCAGACUUCCCUUGUUCUGACACCUAUAGUCAGUUCACCUACUGGAGAGAACCUCUACCACCUUUUGAAACUCAGGAUGAAAAUCCACCCUCAUCUUAGCAGUUGGCCUCAGCUCAAGGAAUGAGUUAGCUUGUAUCCAAAGGACAACACUUGGCUUGUGCUGGUGACAGCUGGAACCUGUGAUGUUGUGAGCAUUGUGUUCUUUUGCUGUGAGCAAAUGUAGAAGUGCUUUUUCACACUUGGUCACGUUUCCAGCUGACAAGGUGUCUGACAAGGAAUAGGAGUCGUGUUUCUGGCUCUUCACCCAGCUCCUCAAAUUGUGCCAUACACGUCCAUUGUUUAAGGUCAAAUAAAAGUGAAGUGGUGUUGGAAUUGCAGUUAAAGAUGCUCUGAGGUUAUAGAGUGGUUCUGUAUCUUUUUCUGCGUCACUGGAGUCAUCUUUCAUCUCAUCAGAACCCACUGCAAGGUAGGGAGCUGCAGAUGCACACCAUUCCUGACACAGACAGGGAUUGCAGCCCACAGGUCAGAAUCCUCUUCUAAAGAAGCAAGUGAUUCCUCCUCUUUUCCCUUGCUUGACCAACAGCUUUGAUUAAGAGUUAAUUAGUAGUCUAGAUCCUCAGCUGUUGUAAAUCAGUGUAUUUACAAAGCCAGCUGAGCUGUGUUGAUGUAUUCCAGCCUAUUGUUUUGAUAUGGUUACACCUUUCUGAGGAACUACAUGUUAUGUAAUCUAAAUGGAAAGCAAAUGAAAUAAGAUGGCCAGAUUCUGGCAGUGUUCCUCAGUUUAAAAAGUACCAUGAUUCCAGAACAGCUAAUUUGGCUGAAGGUCAGUGUGCAAGUGGGAGGUACAGGCUGCUGUGUGUAGUGCCCCUCAUCCUGGAGCCAGAGAUUUUCAGAAAAGACUUCUUACCUACAGCAAGUGCUGACUUUCAGGAUCCUUACUGAGCCAAGAACACUGAUGAUCCUGUAAAAACGGAGUAUUUUUGUUUGAAACAUUAAUUUGGCUAAAAUGUGAACUUUGAUGCUGGUGAAUGAGACAUCUCAGGUUUCUACUGUAUGAAUUUAUUUUGGUUUUGUAUCAUAAAGAGUGGAUACUUUUAGUGCAAUUUACUCUCCUCCAAGAUAAUGAAAUCUCUCCUUUAUAAUCUUCCCCCCCACCUUAUUUGUCCAGACCCAAGCUGCAGAUACAUUUUUGCUACCUGCUUUUGACAGCCUUAAGACCUACCUGUGUGUGCUAACAGCAAUAACUGCAGAUCAGCUGGUAGUGCUCUCCACCUGGGCUGCCUUGACACACUGCAGCACUGGCAGGGCAGACAUCAGCUGACCAGAUACCAAACGAUUCUCAAAUGUGCUUGUAGCUAGGAAAGAAACUUUAUUUGCCUUUAAAAAUAUAUUGAAAGGUCCAGUUGUUCUCUGAAGCACUGCAGAUGGCACCGUGGGGUUCCACGCGUGCUGUGUUUCAUGGUGGCUGAAGCAGCAGCUCGCAAGCUGUGCUCUCUGCCAGGCUGUGGUCUCUGAGGCUCUGGUACAUGUUUUGCAGCUGCUCUGUAGUGUUUCUGGGUAAGAGUUUAAUAACAGGAUGUCAGAGUGGGCCAGAAGAAAUUUUGAGAUGUGAUUGUGGUCAGUUGGCACCCGAAAGUUUGGAAGCAGCUGCUGUGUGUCCCGGUGGUUCUGUGUCCCGUGGCAGCACAGGUAGGAGGGGGUUGCAGCCUUUUAUGGGAUGGCAGGGGCCAGCUCCUGAUUUCUCUGUGCCUUCAGUAGCCACGGAUGUGAGUGCAAUCCUUUAUGGAGCUGCAGUGGGGAGCCCUUCCUUUUCACAUGAACAAGGCAAGGUGCCUGCCCACCGAGGAGAUACCAGGGCCAGACAAAAACCAAAGAGGAAGAAAUGCAUGUUUAGCAACCCAGACUGAUUAUACUUUUUUGAAAGUUUAAAGCAAAUGCAAAUAUGUUUUUACCUAAAGCUGGAAGAAAUGUGAUCUGGAUUUUCUGGAAGACAAUCAGUGGGGAUUGCAGGUUGCCAAACAGAGAUGGUUGCAUCUCUAAAUAAAGCCACACUUUAUUUAAUACUUGUCAUUAAUGAUUGAAUAAAAGGAUGAAUAUACUAACUGCCUCCUAUCUUAAUUCAGUUUUGGUAAAGGCCUAUUUCAAGCCACAUGUUAUGCAAAAUAAAACACCCCAGCCCUUCUCCCCACUAGGAGGCUGUCAGUUUUGUGGCUUUUAUCCUCAGCAGUAGUUAAGAUCUGUUUUCCUAGGGAAUCACACGAGGUGUGUUCCAGCAGGACAGUCCCUGCAAGUUCUCCACAAUUGAAGCCUGCAGUACAUUUAUUCAUAACCUAAUAAAAAGGGAACCCAGGGCUGUUUGUUGCCAUCAGUAUUUCAAGUGUCAGAGUGAAGGAGAGGUUUGAAUCCUGCCAGGUGAGAGGGAGCAGUGCAGCCGUGGGGCCCUGAGAGGCACUUCAGUCUCUGUCCCAGAGGGUCCCAAGCCUGUCCCCCACAGGGUGGUGGCUGAUCUGAUCUGGGCUUGGCCAUCAGCUGCUUCCAGCGUGAAGUUGGGCUGCAUCACCUCCAGGGGUCCCUUCUGACCAGUACUUGUGUGAUGCUGGGAAGUGAAAUGCCUUCCUCCUGACAUCCUGCACUGCCCUGGGCACCUGGAAGUUGCAGGACAGCUGAACGUGACACAAGGUGUGUUUCUGUCAAUACUGGUUGUCAAGUUUGCUUGCAGAAAGGACACUGGGGCAAAUGGAGGUUUUGAGCUGCUGGGAACAUCACUGUGCUUGUUCAGAGGGUGAGGCACGUGAGUGAUUUUAUGCAUAAUAUUUAAACUGCUCUGAUUCAAGUAGAAGAAAAAGGGAUGGUUUAACAAAUUCCUGCUCUUUCUGUGAAAGAAAAAAAUAAAUAAUCCUUGCUUGCAGUGUAAUCCUGGAUUCUGUUAAAGAGAGAGUAUUUGGCUAAGACAGAUAUGCAGAGACAUGAAAGCCCAGCAUGUUCUAUUUAUAGUGUGCACAUAAGCUGGGAUAUUCAGCAGUGAGGGGUGACUGGUGUUGAUCUCCUUGAAGCUGGUGACCAGACUGCUCCACCUUGUCCCCCUCCACUUGUUGCAUUAGUUACCUUGAAGAUAAAAUGUUACUGCUGUAAUUUGGGGAGGGAGGAGAAAGAGGAUGCUGGGUAUUUUUUAAUCUGUAGAUAAAUGCUAUGGAUGAUUAUUUCAAAGCCUAUCUAUACAGUAUUUGCUCUGUGUAUGUAUCUGCUACUGCAAUGAUGAACGUAAUUUUACCACCUCAUUUGGGUCUGCUGAGUGCAACAAGGGUAGAAAUGUAUAUUGUAAUAAAGGAAAAGAUAAUUUUUUUCUGA